AUAAUUUGUUACUUUUUUUGACACGGCUACUUGAGAAUACGAUUGUUGUAAAAUAAGAAAAUGUCUGGUAGAGGUAAAGGCGGCAAAGGACUCGGCAAAGGGGGCGCUAAGCGUCAUCGCAAAGUGCUCCGCGAUAACAUCCAGGGAAUCACCAAGCCUGCUAUUCGUCGCCUGGCUCGCCGUGGAGGAGUGAAGCGAAUCUCCGGCUUGAUCUAUGAGGAGACCCGCGGGGUGUUGAAGGUGUUUCUGGAGAAUGUGAUCCGGGAUGCAGUCACCUACACUGAGCACGCCAAGAGAAAGACCGUCACCGCCAUGGAUGUAGUGUAUGCUCUGAAACGCCAGGGUCGCACUCUGUACGGAUUUGGAGGGUAAACCAAAACGAUUCCCCGGACUGACCUUCAAACAACAAAUAAACAAAGGCUCUUUUAAGGGCCGCC